AUGGAUGCCGAUGGCGCUAACGUUGCGUAUAGUACCAUGCAGCAGCAAAUACCCGUACUCCCCACACAUCCAAGACGUCCAGCGGGGCGCCAAGGUGGCAUUCAGCUCUUCUUUACCGGUCUGCGGCCCUAUAUGGAUCACGCUGCAGCCAUCUCUUCUACUGGCGUUGCUGACAUUGCUAUCGUCGAUGCUUCAACCAUGAUAACACGUUCCAGCGGAGUGGCACCUUAUGCACCUCCGGCCUUGGCCUCGUGGGACCGGCUGAGAAGUGCGUGCCUGGCUAUGGAGAACUCGGCACAGGAACCGUUGAUCCGAAACCAGGAGAAUCAGAGUGAAGAUGGAGACCGCGAGGCCAGCGUCGCUCCGGUCUCCCGGAGGCAUGACCCUGACGAAGGCGUCGGCAUCUUUUUGUGGCUGUUGGUGCUCUCAGCUGGUAUCAGCGGGCUUCUGUUUGGAUAUGAUACUGGCGUAAUCUCAGCGACCCUCGUUUCCAUAGGUACCUCCCUCUCCGGCAGAGAGCUCACAUCCUUCGAUAAAUCUAUCAUAACCUCGUCCACUUCGCUCUUUGCGCUCAUCGCGUCUCCGUUAUCGUCCAUUCUCGCCGAUGCCCUUGGCCGAAAGCCAGUGAUCCUUCUCGCGGACGCUCUGUUCAUCGUUGGUGCGGUUGUGCAAGGGGGAAGCUAUACGGUGUCGUCGAUGGUGCUGGGGAGGUCCAUUGUAGGCGCCGGAGUUGGGGCUGCCAGCUUUGUCACACCCAUGUACAUCGCCGAGCUGGCACCUGCUGCGCAUCGAGGUCGACUCGUCACUAUGAACAACCUCGCCAUUACUCUCGGUCAGGUGGUCGCGUAUGUGAUCGGCUGGAUGUUUUCGGAGCUUGUCGAUCCCGCAACCGGCUGGCGAUGGAUGGUAGGUCUAGGUGCGCUUCCUGCCGCUGUGCAGUGUGUCCUUAUUGUCUUCAUGCCCGAAACACCAAGGUGGCUGGUGAAAGCCGGUAAAUCAUCUGCGGCCAAACGAGUGAUCCGGCAAACGCUCGCCUCCAGUUCUUCAUCCAAUGAAGCGGACCACAUUGUGACCGACAUCCAGAAUGAAGUCCGAGCUGAGGAGGAGAGCAGACGUCUGAGCAGAGGCGGCGCCAAAGACAACCAGGGUUGGCUUUCGACGUGGCGCGAGCUGAUCGCAGUCCCCAAGCAUCGUCGCGCACUUGCAAUUGCUUGCCUCCUCCAAGGUCUGCAACAGCUCUGCGGCUUUAACUCUCUGAUGUACUUUUCUGCGACCAUAUUCGCCCUUUUGGGCUUUACGGUGCCAACCCUCACAUCUCUGAGCGUUGCAACCACCAACUUUGCCUUCACUAUAGCUGCGCUGUUACUGAUUGAUCGGGUUGGUCGACGACGGAUACUCCUCUUCUCGAUUCCUUUCAUGAUUAUGGGUCUACUGCUGUCUGGCUUCGGCUUUAGAGCUAUUGAGCUCCCUUCUACCUCUGACACCGCAGUUGCGACAGCCAAGUUUGGAGCGCCCGCGCACAACACUGCGGCAACAAUCGUCUUGAUCAGCAUGAUCCUGUAUGUGGCUUCAUAUGCAAUCGGCCUAGGCGUUGUUCCGUGGAUGCAGUCAGAGUUGUUUCCGCUCAGUGUGCGGUCGUUGGGAAGCGGUAUAGCAACCGCGUCAAACUGGUCGGCAAACUUUGUCGUUGGCCUGUCUUUUUUGCCUAUGAUGGACGCUCUGACGCCGACAUGGACGUUCGUCCUAUACGCCGUAGUAUGUGCUAUUGGCUGGAUUGCAGUGUGGGCAAUAUACCCUGAAACAAGCAAUUUGAGCCUAGAGGAAGCAACUGGCUUACUGGAGAACGGAUGGGGCGUCAGGUGA